AUGAGAUCGCUACUAUUGAUUGCUUGCGCUGCUGGCAGCACAAGCGCUGCCUGGCUGAAGUGGACCGACCACUCGACCCCGACUUGGAAGCCGCCCCAGGAGACGGGCGUCGCAGAUAUUGCUGGCUCGACUACCGGCUGGACUCCAAAGCCGACGCAGGGACCUGGCCACAGGUCCAAGAGUGAGGUUGUCCUAGAGCUGCUUCGCCGAGAUGCCACGACCGACUGGACCAACUCGAAAACCUGCGGCUGGUUUUCUGGAAUUUCAUCACAACCAUGGACUUGUGACGGCAAUCAAGUCUGCGCGACCAACAGUGAGCAUGCAGUCGCUUGCGUCUCUGGUGACUACAACCCUUUCUACGUCACCUGCCUCAACCGUGAGGCCUAUGAACAGGGAUCGUGUGCCGAUGCGGGUCCAAAAACAGGAUGCUGCUCGGAAGCCACAGCGUCCGAGUGUGUCACUUACAUGUGGACCGGAUCGCCAGUCCGCUCGCAGUUCAAGUGUGGAACUGCUACGGCCAUCACCACAUUGUUGGAUGAGCCCCAGUUUGUCAUUGACGCCUCCAUCUCGGCAUCAAAGGCGUCAGAGUCGGCUUCCAAGGCGUCGGCAUCAGCAGCGUCAGAGUCGGCAUCUCGAGCCACCCUGUCCACGUCGACGCUCAGCGACGGCACUGUAGUGGUUACUACGGCCAAUCCACUCACCUCGGCACCCGUCGUCAGCACCACCAGCAACAACACUACUAAUGUUGGUGCCAUUGUUGGUGGCGCCGUCGGUGGUCUGGUCUUUUUGAUUCUUCUCUUGCUGUUGUGCUGCUGCCGCCGCCGCAGAAAGUCCAAGAAGAACAACUACAACGUUUCCUACAAGCGCAGCAACAACGAGAAGACCACUGUGUACAACAAUCAACGCCGCGACAAGAGACGUGGAGAGCGCAGCCGCAGUGAGCGCAGCCGACAGCACGAUCGCAAGGCCAGCCGCGGCCGCAGCCACAAGUCCCGGCCCAAGGAAGUCGUUAGCGACGACGAAUCCUAUAAGCUAGGAUUCGUCGACGGCUUCAGUGGCCAGAACCCGGCUGCACCCCGCCAGGCUCACGUUGUCGAUGACGAUAGAACGGUCUAUGCUCCCCAAUACCACUUCCACGUUGCAGGUGGUGCUAGACCUGGCCGAGAGAGCAGUAUUGUCGAGACCACCGAGCAGUAUCACGCCAUGUAA